CUUCAGUUGUGUCGAGAACCCGCCAGCUCUUAAGGUGGUCCCUCCUGCCUAACUGUUUACCUUUAUUUUACCACAAUACAAUACUGUCAUUUUAUAUAAUUCAUUACCACGCAUAAGCUUCUUUUAUUUGAUUUUAUUUUUAAAAUAUUUUCAUUUGUAAUCAUUUUUUUUUUUUUUGUCACUUUUUAUAAUAUUCCGGUAAACUUUAAUGAAAAACAGUGAAUUAGUGAUUCUUGUUUACAAAAUUAUUCAAGUGAUAUGAUAAAUAAUAAACAGUUUUGUUUAAAACUAUUUUACUCAUUAGGAAAACUAUCGCACUAAUUUAACUACCGAUUAUCAAAAUAAAAAAAAUUAAAUUAAUUGCAAUAUUUGUAAUUUAACCAGUAAAUAAUUUUACUUAAAUAGUCUUCUUCAUUACUGAGAAAAUUGAGGUAAAAAUAGCUAACAGUAUAGAAAAAAAAAGAAGUUUUUUUUAAACUUUUUUUAAAUCAUAAUGAUCCGACUUGCUGAGUGAGUAGUUCUUAAUGACACUUGUCAGAAAAACAAGUGAAAGAAAAAUGAAGGGAGCGAAAAAGUGAUCCAUUCUACGUCAAGCCGAUUGAAAAAAAUGCAGUUCCGACGCACGUGACCAGCGUUACACACAUGUGUAUUAUAAAAAAUAUUAUGAUAAAAUGGCCAGUCAUUUCAUCGUGACAAAUUCAUCCAGCAUUACUUCAUUGACAGUAUUAUUCAUUCGUCAGUUUGCGUACGUUCAAGAGGAGAAUGGCUAAACUCGAUAAAUUGGAUAACAUGGAUUGCCCAGAGUGUUCAGGACCACCACCGAUAUUUCGGUUACCUCCACCACCUAGGCCACCUUUCCUCACGGAAGCGGCAUUCUGCUCGGAAGCACCUUUAGCCGAGCUUGAGGACUGUGUUGCUAUUCCGAUGAUCGAUGCGUCUUAUCACGCCAAUCCGUCAUUACAAAACACAGCUUUGAUAAUUGCCUGUACUGUUAUUUUGUUGUUAAUGGCAGCGAUAGUUUCCGUCGUAUUUUGGAAACACAAAAGAAAAGUACAGAAUCUUCUACCCUGUAAAAGUGCAGUAGCAGUAACAGCGACAACAGGACGUACCCGUGUUUUGCCAAAUGGUCAAGCAUUAACGGGCGCCAACAGUAAUAUGAUGGCUGGCAAUAACACCGCACGUCUCUAUGAGGAUAUGAUGGAGCACGUACCCCAUUCGCAAAUCCACAAUCACUUGCCAGCUCAACUUAGGAUGCAACCAACAAUCGAGGUACGAGGUGUAGAUUCCUCGAGGCAGCAGAUGAUUGAUGUCAAUAAGGAGAAGAAUGGCAACCGAGGAGGUUUUGUGUGUAGCAGCCCUGGACCAGAUCCAUACGGAUCACAAGAUCUUUAUAAUCCAGUUUAUGAGGAACUUUGUAAUGGUGAUAAUCAACCUGAUACAGACGAAGAAGGUGAAAUAAACGGACGAAAUCGUUUACAUCAUCGCGCAUCAGCAAAUUCAAAAUCAGCAAGCGAAGAUGAAUUUGCUGAAGAUGAAUUGUCUGUUGGCGAACCUUCAGAGUCACGCGUGUUAACAUCAGCAUCACCUGGCCCAGUGUCAUGGAGCACAUGUCCUGCUGGAUCAUCACGAACUUCCCGUGAAAGACGUGGCAAAAGCCCCAGAAGUUUAGAUCGACGCAGGAAAAAUAAAGCUCAUGAUGUUGGUGAAUUUCACGAAGGAAUGCUUCUUGAUGCAUUGCUACACUUUUAUCCAAAUGUUCCUGGUAUAGCAGGAACUAAAAAUAAUUCUAGUCAACGAACAAAACCUGCUGUUACGGUAGCACAUAAAUUGCCAUACUAUGUGCCACAAAUGCCUCCUCAGUUUCAUACAAUAAACAAAGAAAUAAUUAACAAAGAAGAAGAAAAUCCUUACGAGAGUGUACCAGUUCUCGGUCCGCUGCACAAUUAUUCAAACCAAAAUAAAACAAACAGUAAAGACAAAUCAUCAAAUAAAGUACCGACAGUUGAUGAUUACAAUAAAUAUCCACAAUAUGCUUCUGAAUACUUUGGCUUACACAAUCAAGUUGUAACGCCAAUUUAUACACAAGUUGGUAAUGAUUAUUCUGACACCUACACUCAGCCAACUGAUAAACUUUACUACAGUGAUGAUAGAUAUGCCCAACCUGUUUACUUUACUUCCCGCGAUCCAGAUAAAACUUCUGCUGGUAAAUUGUAUCAAGGACAACCCGACAGUAGUUUUGGAAGUGAUAGUGGUUACAGUCAUCAUACGUCCGGUGGUACAACGAUUUAUAAUAAUGGUGGUACAAGAAGCAGUAUUACACGGACUAAUCAUCGUAAAGACAAACAUCGAAAUUCAAAUCAUUCUCAUCAUUCCGUCGAUUUCAUAUUUUCACAAUAAUUACUUACGAUAAAUUAUUUAUUUAUUUUAUCGUAAGCGCUAAGUGCAAUGUCAAGAUCAUCAAGAUUGUUCAAUGGUUUUUUUUUUUUUUUUACUUACAAUUAAUAUAAAUAUUUAUAUACAUAUUCUGAGUCAAUAGUUGUAAAUCAAUUUCUUAUACCAAAGCGUAAAAAAAAAUAUGUAUAACAGACAAAUCAAUUUAUUGGAUUAUUGUAUAUCAUCAAUAAAUAUCUGCCAUAUAAAUUUGAAAUUUUUACGAGAUAAAAAAUCAGAGGUUCAUCUCAUUAGGUAGAAUAAAAAAAAAAAAAAAGUAUACAUCAAGUGAGAUAAUUUUGAAUUAAUGAUAAGUAUUAUUUUUUAAGCUAUUUAUUAAAUAUUAAUUUAUACUGAAAAGAAAAAUAAUAAACAUGUCCUUAAGAUUUUUUAAAAAAUACUAAAUCUAAAAAAAAAAAUUUUAAUUGUACUAUUUAUUGUUUAUCGAAUUACGUUGACGUUAGAUUAAGAUAGAAUUUUAAAAAUAAAAAUUAAAAUUGGUUAAUAAAAUUUUUUAAUAGACCAAUAUGUAAACCAACUAAGGACAUUGUGAUAAUUAAAAUUUGAGAUGAACUUAAUUAUAUUUUUUUGUGCGUCCAUAUUUAUCUAUAGUAUAUAUGAUAAUUGAUAUAAGUAAUUUUUGAUCUUAAAACACUAGGGUAAUAAAUUCAACCAAAGAAUGAGAUAGUUUUGUACACGCUUAUUCGUGUAUCCAAAAAAAAAAAAAAUUAUGUAAUCCGCAACUAGAAUACUGUAUUAUAAUUUAUAAAACAAAAAUAGAAACUAAUACGUGAUUAAUAUUUUUUUUAUAAUAAUUAAAUAAUAAAAUUUAUUAUUGCACGCUUAUAUCGUCCAAUAGUUCAGCUUUCAUUGUUCUGUGAUUGUAAAAAAAAAGUAAAAUUAUACAUAAAAAAAAUUUUAAAAACACGAGUGAAUUGUCAAUUUAAGCAGUGACGUAAAGAAAGAUAGAAUUUUAAAAUGAAAAAUAAAAGAAAUAGUGUUAAAUAAAAAUUCAGAAUGCUAUUAUAGAACAAAAAGUCGUAGAAUUUUCAUAAAAGACAUGUACGUCAUCUUCUAUAUCAUAAAAACAAUCGUAGCUGGUAGACAAUGUCACUAUAUAGACCUCAACUCUCUUUAAAUUCUUGACUGGGAAAAUUUUUUAGCAAAAAAGACGAUGGGAUCCGUAAAGAUCGGGCUUACUCAUCUCUUAUCAGUAUUGUCGCAGUAAUAGAUUAUAAAAAUAAAAAAAAAAACUUUUUUUAAUACGAAAGAAUCGAAUGAAAAAAAAAAAAAAUGGAAAAAGCCAGUUCGCAGAACAGGGUAAAUAGUUUAAAAAUUUAUCUUUAAAAUAACAAAAAAUUUGAAUAAGUUAUAAAAUCAUCUACAUUUUACCUCACAGAAUUGUCUUAAUAUUAGUCAAGAACAUGUGCAAAUAUUAUUUUAAACAUUAUCGCAUUCAUACUAAUAAAUCAUUAAGUAAUCAAUUUAACUUUUGUAUAUUUUAUUAUUAAAAAAUUAAAAAUUUGUUAUUUUUAAUAAUUUUCAGUGACUAUCAAGUUAUUCAUAAAUCUUCCGAGAAAUAAAAUUUUAGGAAGAAAUUUUUAAGAAAAUAACAAAACAUGGAAUUAAGGCAGUUUUCUACUUUGAACGCUCGAAAAAAGACUAUUUUUUAUGAAAUUUUAUUGAGAUUAUGAAUAAAGGUAUACAUAUGUUUGUUAGGCUUAAUAAACACACUAUUGAAAUACAU